UCCUGCUUUGCUGGCCAGUCGCCAUUCUCGCACCGCCGCCGUCCCCAACGCCAAAUCCCUCGCCUCGCCGCCGCCGCCCUCAGCGCCGCCUCGCCGCCGACCACUUCCCAGAGCCGCCUCGCCGCAGAUCACUGCCCUGCGCCGCCUCGCCGUCGACCACUCCCUGCGCCUGCCGAAACCCCUCCCCCGUGCGGCCGUUCCCCCAAGCCGCCUCUCCCUCCGCCCUCCCCUGUCGCCGGCUCGACGCUCGGCCAGCGACCCCUGCUGCUCCACAUCGUCAAAGCGCUAGCCCACAAGAUCGCAGGAACCAUGUCGUUCGCCGGCGUAUCCGUCGUCGCCGGCGGUGGCGGCAGGCUGCCGCGGCCGUCCGCGGAGUCGGACACGAUCUACUCCGGCUCCAGCGCGGCCAGCAGAGGCAGCUCCUACUAUCACCUGCUUGUGGUGGAAGGUUACUCCCGCAUCAAGGACCUGCCCAAUGGAGGCACAAUCAUGGGCCGCACUUUCAAAGCUGGAGGCUAUCGAUGGGUUCUGAGGUUCCAUCCCAAUGGUUAUUCCCCGGAGGAUGUCGGUUUCAUCUCUGUUUAUCUCGUGCUUGACCAGGAUGUUGCACGGCCUUUGAAGGUGCAUCUCCAGUUUAGUUUGGUUGAUGAGGUUAGCAAGCAAGAUCAGGCAUUCAUCCGUGCAAUCAAAGCAUGCGACUUCUCUGGCAGUGGCUCUACUUGGGGCCGCAGUUGUUUCAUAAAAGGCGAGGACCUUGAGAAUUCGGAGCAUCUCAAGGAUGAUUGUUUCACCAUCCGGUGCGAUUUCAUCAUCGCCCAAGCUGCUGCUGCUGCUCCCUUGGUAAAGGUGCCGUCAUCUAACAUAAGCGAGCAUCUGAGCCAUCUCUUAAUGACCAAGGUGGGCGCCGAUGUGACGUUCGAGGUCGGCCAUGAGACGUUCGCCGCCCACCGGUGUGUGCUCGCGUCCCGUUCCGCUGUAUUCAUGGCACAGCUCUUUGGCCCCAUGAAGGAGGGGACCACGGCGGCCGCCAUACGAAUACAAGACAUGGAACCGGACAUCUUCAAGGCACUGCUUGGUUUCAUCUACACUGACUUGAUGCCGGAGAUGGAGGCGGAAAGAGAAGCAGAAGUAGAAGAAGGUGGAGCUGAGGAGGUUACAUGGCUGCGUCACUUGCUUGCCGCGGCGGAUAGGUUUGAUCUCCAGAGGCUCAAGUCGAUGUGUGAAGAGAGGUUGCUGGAGCACAUAGAUUUGAGCUCGGUGUCGGCCAUCCUUGCGGUGGCAGCGCAGCUCCAAUGCUGUGGACUCAAGGAGGCGUGCCUGGAGUUCCUCAAAGUUCAGUCAGCUGCAGACUUGGGACAAGUCAUGGCGACCAGCGACUGGGAGCACAUAGGUGCAACCGAUCAUUCCGUUCUGAACCAGCUCAUCGCCAAGCUUGCUUCCAAAGUUUAGUUUGUCUGCUGUAACAGUGUCCUCAUGGGGUUUCUGGUAUGCAUAAGAGGAUCAAACAUAUGUGCGCAUGGCAUGGAUGGUUUAUAGAUUCAGUUAAGCAAACAUCAAUGUUGAUCUAUUGUCAUGCAUUCCUUUCAUGCAGUGUGAAUCUGAGUACAUACUCCGUACCUUGGCUUAAGCAAUCUCCUUGUUGAUCGAUCAUGCGAUCCUGAAAAAUGGCCAGGCCUGGUGAAAAUGAAACAGUGUGAACGUGUUUCUGUCUAUCUAGCUAUGUGAUCCUGAAAGCUGUCCAAUCUUCAGCUUGAAUUAACGAAUCGGAGGGAACUGUACAGAUCGUCGGUGCCAUUCCUCCAAGCUCCCUCCCGUCGGCAUACUAUUGUUAUGGCAUGACGGCCACCCCCUUGUGGUCGUUGGUGGGGUACGACGGCUUCUCCAUUGUCGUUGAACAUGUUGAUUGCUUGUUGGUGGCCGCCUCUUGCCGCACGAGUGGUUCCACCUGUCCUGCAGGAGGUAGAUGAGCACCAUGUUGGAGAUCUUGGAGGUGAGGAGCACCGUCUAGAACCUGAUUCUCCUGCGGGUCCUCUCCCUGUAUGUGUGGAGGUCGAUGUAGACGGUGGCUACUCCCACCACACACACCACUACUCCCAUCAGCCAGUGCGUCAGGUACCACAUGCUCUGCGCCUUUACGCCCAUGGAUAUAUAUGCCAACAAACAUCAGAGGAACACAAAUUCUGAUAGAAACAUCAAACUUGUUAAUCUUGUUCGUGUAUUUGCUUGUGUACUACAUGCAGGGUUUAUCUCAUGUAGUUGCAUUUUACACGACCUUCAUAUCUCCACAAUAUUCCUAAAAUCAAUGAAAAAAAUGUUAGUCGCCUAUUCA